ACAAAAACGUGGGAAUAUUAAUAGCAAUUAUAUUUUUAAUAUAAGUUAUUUUUUGGUGUAGUGUUAAUUAUAUAGUUGAAAAAAUGGAUGGUAUAGACGAUUUAUUUGGUGCAUUUGAUGAACAAGAAGAAGAACAACCAUCAGUGCUUAAGAGAGUUAGAGAGCAGAUACGAAGUGCAAAGCAUCAAUCGCAAGAACCGGUGGAUAACGAUGUGCCUUCAGCAAAAAUACCGCGUUCUGCAGUAGAAAUGAGGAAAUCCUUGGACAAAUCUGAUGCAUCAAACGAAGCCGGUCCUAAAGUUCAACACACUAAUGAUAAAAGACACAAAUCAAAAAAAAACCAUUCCACUUAUUCUCCAAAAAGGUCCACCAAAGAGAAACAAGAAUCCAGGGAGGUUAAGACAACUAAACAACAAGUGGAUAAGCAAAGACCUUCCGAAAAGUCCAUUGAUGGACUGAGCCCACAAAAUGAUAAAAUUAAAAAGAAACGUGACAGAACACGUGAAAAGAGAGCAGGUAGCACAAAGCUUACGGAUAUAUCAAGAAACAGAAAUUAUAAUUAUAAAAAUGAAAAUGAAAGUGUCACUUCCAAUGUGAAAGAACAUAAGGAUAAAAAAGCGGUGAGAGAAGCGGAUAAUACUGUUAAAGCAGCUAGAGGAUUUAUCGAAACUGCUACAAAAAGUUCUCUAGAGUGCAAGUCUAGCGAUAAAAUAAAAAACGAUAAAAAUAUUGGAAAUAACGACUUGAGCGAAAGUAAACAGGAUUUUGAAGAAACAGAAAUUAUGCUUGCGGGUUUACCGAAAGAUAUUUUUCUAAACAAUAUAAAUAUAAGAGUAUUAAAAGCACCAGACUCCUGUACACAUGAAGUUGCAGUUCUGACAGAUCAACCUUAUAUUGAAUUGGAGGAAAGCACAACAACGCCAGCUAAAGAAUAUAGUUUCGUUUUGGACGCCUUUCAACAGCGCGCAAUACUGUGUAUUGAAAAUGGACAAAGUGUUUUGGUUUCGGCGCACACCUCAGCUGGCAAAACAGUGGUCGCUGAAUAUGCAAUUGCCAAGUCAUUGCUAAUGAAACAACGUGUCAUAUACACGACACCUAUUAAAGCACUUUCUAAUCAGAAAUUCCGUGAAUUUACUUUGGAAUUUGGUGACGUAGGUAUAAUAACAGGUGAUGUUACUAUCAAUCCGAGUGCAUCAUGCCUAAUUAUGACAACGGAAAUUCUACGAAAUAUGCUUUAUCGAGGAAGUGAAGUUAUGCGAGAAGUCGGUUGGGUCAUAUUUGAUGAGAUUCAUUAUAUGAGAGAUAAAGAGCGUGGUGUGGUUUGGGAAGAAUCUUUGAUUUUAUUACCGGAUAAUGUACAUUUUGUAUUUUUAUCUGCUACAAUACCUAAUGCCCGUCAAUUUGCCGAAUGGGUUACGCAUUUACAUAAACAACCAUGCCAUGUUGUUUAUACAGACUACCGUCCAACACCUCUGCAACACUACAUAUUCCCGGCUGGUGGUGAUGGGAUAUAUCAAAUUGUGGAUGAAAAGGGUGUAUUUCGAGAGGAGAAUUUCAAUACUGCUAUGGCGGUGAUGCAAAAAGGUAAAGGACCAAAAUCUAAUAAACUGGGUAGAAAAGGUGGCAUGAGAGGAGUUAAUGGUGAACAAUCAAAUAUUUUCAAAAUAUUAAAAAUGGUCAUGGAAAACAAAUUUGCGCCUGUAAUCAUAUUCUCCUUUAGUAAGCGUGAGUGCGAAGCUUAUGCAAUGCAAUUAGCCAAACUCGAUUUUAAUAUUGCGGCGGAAAAAAAACUUAUCAUGGAAGUGUUUAAUAAUGCAACUAGCGUUUUGAACGAAAGUGACCGAAAUUUGCCACAAAUAAAUAAUAUCUUACCAUUAUUAUUACGAGGAAUCGGCAUACACCAUGGAGGUCUUCUACCACUUCUGAAAGAAAUUGUUGAGAUUCUAUUUGGUGAGGGUCUACUCAAAGCCCUGUUCGCUACUGAGACUUUUGCUAUGGGGUUAAAUAUGCCAGCGCGUACUGUAGUGUUUUCCGCACCUCGGAAAUUUGAUGGACAAAAUUUCAGGUGGAUCUCAUCUGGUGAAUAUAUACAGAUGGCAGGUCGCGCUGGUCGCCGUGGUAUUGAUGAUAAAGGAAUUGUUAUAUUAAUGAUUGAUGAAGAAGUUUCGCCAGCUACUGGACGAAGUAUAGUAAAAGGUGAAGCUGAUGCUAUAAUAUCAGAGUUUCACUUGUCUUACAAUAUGGUUUUGAAUUUAUUACGUGUAGAGGAAGUCAAUCCUGAGUACAUGUUAGAAAGAUCAUUUCGUCAAUUUCAGAAUCAAACAAAUAUACCAAAUUUAUUUAACAAAUAUAAAGAUAAACAGAAAGAACUUGCUAAAAUGAAAAUACCGAAUGAAGGCAAUGUUAUAACGUAUCAUAAUAUUCGGACAAAACUGGAGAACUUAAAAACGAAAUAUAUAAGUUGGUUAACAAAACCUCAAUAUUUAAAGCCCUUCAUGCAUCGUGGUCGUUUGUUACAAAUCAAAAACGCGAAAUAUGAGUAUGAUUGGGGAGUAGUAGUUAAUUUAAUAGAAGAGAAAAAGCGGAAUCCAACCGAUACAUCUGAUGAAAAGCUUCACUUUCAAAUACUUUUACAUGUGACAGAAGGUACCGAAAAGGAUGAAUUCCCAAAACCAUUUCAACAAGGUGAAAAGGGUAAUAUGGAAGUAGUAAAUGUUUCUAGUGAUGAUAUUCUGUCUAUAUCGUCAUUACGUGUAUAUGUACCGGAUGAAUUACGCCAAUCAGAUCACCGUUUGUCGGUAGUUAUGACAAUGCGUGAAAUUAAGAAACGUUUCCCAAAGGGAAUACCUAAACUUAAUCCAAAAAAAGAUUUGAAAAUAAAAUCGAGCGAGUUCGAUGAGAUCGUCGAAUUGAUAGAAGUAUAUGAAGAUCGGCUCUAUAAACAUUCUUUACAUACAACUGAAACGGAUGCUGAUGUUUAUCCAUUAUAUUUAAAGAAACAACAUAUACAGGAUGAAUUACAAGCAUUAAGGGACAAAAUUAAGGAUGCACGUAGUCUAUUACAAAUGGACGAACUUAAUUAUCGAAAACGUGUUCUUCGUCGGUUAGAAUAUGCGACAUCAUCCGAUGUCAUUGAAUUCAAAGGACGCGUUGCUUGUGAGCUAAGCGCUGCAGAUGAGCUUUUACUAACAGAAUUGAUGUUUAAUGGCGUUUUCAAUGAUUUAACAAGUUUUCAAAUCGCAGCGAUGCUAUCGUGUUUUGUUUGCGAUGAAAAAUCAUCAGAAACACCUAAGCUGACUAUGGAAUUAGCAGAACCUUUACGCAUUAUGCAAGAUUUAGCACGUCGAAUUGCGAAAAUAUCAAGGGAAUGUAAAUUACCACUUGACGAAGAUGAAUAUUUGGAGAAAUUUAAGCCAACGCUAAUGGAUGUUAUAUAUAAUUGGUGUAAAGGCGCCGCAUUUGCGUCAAUAUGUAAACAGACAGACGUUUUUGAAGGUUCCAUUAUACGUUGCAUGCGCCGCUUAGAGGAGCUGUUAAGGCAAAUGAAUCAAGCUGCUAAAACUAUUGGCAAUACAGAAUUAGAAAACAAAUUUUCAGAUGGUGUCAAACUUUUGAAACGAGACAUAGUCUUUGCAGCAUCUCUAUACUUAUGAACAACUUUCUUUUUUUUUUUUUAAAUUUAUGUAUAUAGUUUUUUUCAUUAAUUAUU